AUGGACUCCAAACUUAUAUUUUGCUCAAAAAUUGCACAGAAAGGCAAAACUGUUCAAGUUUUCCUGGGUGGGAACGAGGCUACCCUGUCCAAUUCAUAUGUUGGCGAUUGUAGAUUUCUGGAACUCUUCUGUGACAUGCGCAAAUGCGUCACGAUGUUCAUCAAAGAACUGCAGAACGAUUCCGUGGGAGAUUGUGGGGUCAAGGUAAACAAAACUAUCAAUUGUAUACGAAGGACAUACAACAUCUGCUUUGGAACAGAUUAUGCGCGUCAUUUUGAGAGUGUUCGAGUACAAUUCACAGAAACUUCCAUGUGCCAUGAGGGGGCAUUGGGAUUACCUACUUCACACUCGUUGGAAGUUUUGGCCGCUCAUUGCCCCGAAUCGUUCAGUACUAAUCUAAACAACUGUUUAAAGUCCUUUCAAGGGACUUUUGCCAGAGACAAGACUGAUCCAGAUCUUUGCAAGGAACAUGCUAAGGCCACAGAGUGUGUGAGAAAGCUCUUUGCUUCAACCUGCCCCAAGCUACCAACAUCAUACCGAGAAUUGAUUGAUUUGACUUUCAUCAAAAACAAUUACAAUCCUUACUGCGACAACAAUCGUGACCCUGGAGCUUCCAAGAUUCCGGAUCAAUGCAACGGAGUGCGUGAACUUGACAACCCCUGGACAAAGCUGCUGAAAAACAACUCAACCAGCAACAUCAAUAACAACUCCAAGAGUGCGCAUAAUAUCACAAGUAAUACAAUCACCACUCCUACAGAUGACAUUCGUAGAAAAUUCGUAAGUUGUUCACCGAAGCAUAUCAAAGCCGCUACAGGCACUAGUAUAAAUACGUUUCAAGCUUUUUUCUUUCCUUGCGUGGUUCUGCAGUUGUUUUAUACGGUUUGAUUCAAUGAAGUCAACUUUCUUGAAACCUUCGGAAGAUCAUACACUUCCAAUCCACACAAACAGAUUCCGAUGGUAGAAUGUGUUUCUCUAACAGGAUAGGCUAAAUUAUAUUCGCAACACCUUCCAGACGAGGUAAUUAGUAAUAUUACCGGAACUCGUGGCGCGUAGAGUACCGGAAGUCAGACAAUCAACAGCGAGGGUAAAAUGUUGUCCUCAUUUUAGCAGUAUAAAUAACGUUUGUUACAUGUCAUCUUCGUGUCACACCUUGCACACCUAAGAGUUCUCGAGGACUCAAUUACUCGAGCAACCAAACAAGGAAUUGGAAGAUCGGUCGAUUGAAUCCUAACAGAGGACCUAGAAUUGUUUUUAUUCUCUGAGCGCUCAUAACAAAUAAGCAUCUUUUCUUACGCUUCGAUUGGUUGUCCUUCCACAAAUUUUAUUCACGAUGGUAACUCUUUCACUCCAUUAUUUACCCAUAAGACAACGUAACUUAAAUGCGCUUAUAACCAAAAAAUAGAUUAUAUGCUUGAAAUAUCACGAGAGAACUGGCGCCGAGUAGUAAAUGAAAUAAGGUGAGGGGGAGGGGGGGGGGAAUUAACGCAAGAGCCUCUCCCUUCCCCUGAGGAGCGCUUUGCGGUUACUACGCUUGUAAUGAGACAUGGUAUUCCAACUCAUUUUAAUGCAAGGCUGUAUAAAGUUAACAUGCACCGCAGCUUACACAACAACGUACACGCAUAUUGUAAAUUAAUUAAAGUGAUUCGCUGCAAAAAAAGCUUAUGAACUGUUACCUCAUUAGGUAGAAAAGUGUGCAGGUUCUCCAUGUUUUAUGAGUCAGUAGUCACUACUUAGAGUUUGUGAAAAUCUUUUAAAGCUUAAAACCAUUUGAAUUAGCUGACAAGUUUAAUCUGAGUGCUAGUUAUUGAUAUCCUAUCAAUUAAUGAUCCUUAGGAGCAAAUAAAUACAUCUUGUCGCC